UAUCAAUCGUCCUCCUCCCGUUCAUCUCUCUCUCUCUCUCUCUCUGGUAUAGAAAGAGGGUCAAGAAGAAAAAAACUCAAAGGGAUAAACAGAAGCAGGGGAGCUCAAUCAAUGUAAAGAAAGUCAUCAUCUUUUUGCUUUGCAUCUCUCUCUUUUUGACCCUUCGUAUAAUAAUAUAUCUGCAUGCGCGUAUAUACAGAGAACAAAGAUUCGUUUUGUUGAAAGCAUCUGAGAGAGAAAGCUGUUUGGAGCAAAUCGCUAGCCAAUUUCACCUGUCGUUCGGAUCUGUGUUCGUCCACGAUGAUUCAAAUGGAGAAUGGCAACAGUCUUAGGGUCACAUUAUUAGAUCGGAUAUCGACGGCGGAGAAUCGCCGGAGCUCGACUCUUGAAGCUGUCCUCAGAGCCGACGAAAGACCUUCUCUUCCUCCUCCUCCACCGCCGCCGGCGUCGGCCGCGUCAUCUCCGGCGAGUGCCGUCGCGAAUCGGACCCUUCUUGACGUAAUGCGCGACGAUCGCCACCGCAACGGACACGGACGGGACAAGAAGGCGUGGAAGUCACUCAAGGAAAAGCUCCGGCUGAAGCGAAGUGCCACUGUUUGGACAACGCCGAAUCCUAUCCCUGUCGAGGAUAACCUUGUACCGGACAACAGUGAUAGCAGCAGAAACCGGGUCAACCGGCUCGGUUUUCUCCUCUCGGUUAACCAUGAAGGGCAAUCAUCGCAUUCCCAAACCACCACCGAAGAAGGGAGGCUCCGGUUACGCGAGGAGAGAGCCGUACCGGUCCGGUUAACGGAUACACUGUUAGAAACAGAGACUCCGAGGAUGUCUCUGAUGGAGUUGUUGGAUGACAACGAAGAGCAAAAUGGUCUCUUCGGUGCCGGGAUUUGCCACGUAGACGCCGGCGAUGCGGAGGAGGAGGAGGCGGCGCCGGCGGCGGAGGAGAAAGGGUGUUGCUGUGUGUGUAUGGUACGGAGCAAAGGAGCAGCCUUUAUACCGUGUGGUCAUACUUUCUGCAGGUCUUGUUCUAGAGAAUUGUGGGUUCAAAGAGGAAGCUGUCCUCUUUGCAAUGCCUCCAUUACGGAAAUUCUUGAUAUUUUUUAGUUUUUUUUUUUUGCUUUUGAUCAUUUCUUUUUUUUGGUGUUUUUCUCCAUUGAAUUGUGGAUGAAGUUCUUGUAAAGAAUAUCAUUUGCAGAAAAAUAUUUCUUCCCCUUCUA